AUGCUUCAUUUUACACUUAUUGUUCGUCAGCGAGAUGCGUUGGCGUUAGCGGCAGACACGGACACAUGCAGCUCUGAACUAGAGCAGUGCAAAGUGGCGGCGAAAACGCUUCUGAGGAAGCUGGCGGUAGAACACAGCAAUCCCUCUGUGUACGUGCCGCCAUUUCUAACCAUUGUGUGGAAAAACUACAUGUUUCACAUCCUCUUCGAGUCGGAUGUGUCAUUUCUCACAAUGUGUGACCCUGCUACACCAGCGAAUAUGGCCUUCGCAUUUCUGGAAGACGUGGCCCAGGAGUUCCUGCAGCAAUACGGUCCACAGGUGGAGGCGGCCACGCGGCCGUAUUGCUUUAUUAAAUUCGACCUAUACCUGCAGCGCACGAAGAAGGUGUUUGCAACUGCGAGCGCAUCACGUAGCAUGAGUAUGCCACGUUCUGGGCGUCCGGUGCCAGUGCGGCGAACCUUCGAUGAGGUCAUGGCGGGCGGCGAAUCGAAGUCGGGGGCGUCAGGGUUGUCUGGUAGAGGUAAAAACAGUGGCGUAGGUACUAUGCAAUGGGCGCUUUUCGCUGGUGCUCUUGUUGUAAUAGCGCUUGCGUUGGGCGUUAUAGUCUAUUUUGUUGUCUUGCAGUAG